AUGCUCCUGGGCAGCCGCCGGCGCCCCGUGGAGAUAGGCACCUGCGGUCUUUUUGUGUCCGCCGCUGCUUGCGUCGUCAACUACUCCGUACGUGUUGGAUGGAUCACUGAUCGGAGGGGACCUGGACUGGACUGGACUGGACUGAACUGGACGCUGGUGGUGUGUGGUCGGUCGAUUGGAGCUCAACUGGAUGCGGCUGCCACGCUGGAUACGAGAAAGGCUAAUGGUGAGCAGCGCUCACCAUUGGGCGCAGCGUGUGGCUAUGUCGUCGACUGGAGUGAUGAUGGUCCUGGCCUGAUCAUCGCCCAGUCCGGCUUCCGUGCUGCAGCAUCCAGGCCAGGCCAUUGA